AUGACAAUCUCUCGCCGCCAGCCAUGGGUCGCAACUCCCUUGAUUGAGUCUCCCCAGCUCUCAAAGAGUGCAGGAUGUAGAAUCUUUCUUAAGCUAGACAACCUCCAACCCUCCGGCUCUUUCAAGUCUCGAGGCAUCGGCAACUAUCUCCUCAGCCGCAUCCGAGAGCACGAUGUCACUGAUGGAAAGAAGCCGCACUUCUACGCCUCGUCCGGAGGCAACGCCGGCAUAGCAUGUGUUGUUGCCGCCCAGUCUCUUGGGUACGAGGCCUCCGUCGUGAUACCCACCACGGCCAGCCCAGCUCUCAUUGCCAGGCUGGAAGAGGAGGGUGCCAGUAGCAUCAUCCAGCACGGGCAUAGUGUCAUGGAUGCAGACCGGUACCUCAAGUCCACCGUCCUGCCCGCCGAUCCAGACGGCGUAUAUGUGCCACCCUUUGAUCACCCUGACAUCUGGGCCGGCAAUUCCACCGUGAUGCAAGAGAUUGCCGCGCAGCUGAGCGACGAGCAGCCCGAUAUCGUGGUCUGCAGCGUCGGCGGUGGCGGACUCAUGAAUGGCGUCGUGCAGAGUCUUGACCAGCUCGGUUGGAGCGAGGGCACCACGGUACUGGCCAUGGAAACGGCCGGGGCCGACUCGCUCAACCAGGCCCUCGAGGCGCGGCAGCUGGUGACUCUGGAGAAGAUCACGUCACAGGCGCGCAGCCUCGGUGUCGCGACAGUGUCGCAGAAGACGUUUGACUACGCCCAGCGUGAUCAGGUGGUCAGCGGCGUCUUGAGCGAUGCCGAGGCGGCCAAGGGCUGCUGGAUGCUGGCUAAGUAUGAGCGCCUCCUGGUUGAGCUCACGGCCGGCAUUGCGGUCAGGCUCUGCGAGGACAAUCUCUUGGAGAAGUUUACUGGCAAGAGACUGGACAGGGACUCGAAGGUCGUGCUGCUGGUCUGUGGCGGCAACGACAUCUCGGUCGAGAUGCUCAUGAGAUGGAAGGAACAGUACGGAUACUAA